UAUUGAUGAAGUUUCUGCACACGUAGGAACUUCGAAGAAAGAAUUAGUGGAUGAUUACAAGACUUUGGAAGAUUUGGAAGAAAACUGGAAAUCUCUCCACACUGAGUGUACGCUACACAAGAUUUUGGAGAUGUCAAACAGGGACAUAAGAGUCAAAAAGAUGAAGACGGCUUUUAAGAUAGGAAUAGUGCUGGCCAAUGAGAAGGGUCAACCGAAAGGGCAGGCUCUGUACCCAAAAGGGCAGGAUAUGGACCCAAAAGGGCAGGAUCGGGAACCAAAAGAAAAGAAUGAGAGUGAGAACGAGGAAGUAGCUGAUCAUAAGGGAAAAGAAAAAGAAACGGAGAUGUCAAAAUUGAAGAGGAAAAUUAGAGACCUGGAAGAUGCAGAGAAGAGGAAGAAAAAGAAAAAAGUAGUGGAGUGCGUAAAGAAGGUGAGAAAGAUAUGCAUGAUUAAGGAUGCGAAACAAGCGGACAUUUCCAUGGAACUUGAUGAUUUAAUAGAAGUGGCCAAAAAGACUGGGCAUAAAGAACUAAAUACUUAUGAAGAGAUGUCUCGCUAUGCCGGAAAGUAUGGUGAUAGAAUAGAUUUGUCUAAUUUUAUCAUGACUUCGUUGUCAUCUUCUGGAGAUAAAGUGUUUAAGAACAUAGCAAAAUGUAUAAAGAAUCAUGAUCUUGUAGAAAAGAAAUCUGAAAAGAAGGAUCAAAAAUCUGAGAGUGAUAGUAAGACCCCUUGGCAAAACAUAUUUAGUUUUGGAAAUCCAAUGUUUCCCAUGCCUCAAUUCGGGUCAGGUUACCAUGGCCAGGGAUACCAAUACCCAAAUUUUCAGAGGGGUGGAUACAAUGCAUACAGACCAAGGUUCAGGGGAUCUUACAGAGGUAGGGCUUACUUUCAGGGGCAAAUUUUAUGCGAUUUUUGUAAUUCGCCAGACCAUCAGAUUAGGUAAUGUGAGUUAAUGAAAACCUCCAGGGCUAAAAAUCAAUGAGAAGUUUUGAUCAUUUUGCAAAGCAAUUCAGUGGUAAUUUAACUUUUGUCCAUUUUUUCCUAGAUCCAUGAGAUCAGGAACUUGAGAUGAUAAGAAGCUCUAUUAUUUUGAUAUGAUAGGAGGCAACUCCUCUAUGAACCUUUUAUAUUUGUAUUGUAAGUUGAACGAGAAU